GGGCCGGGGCCGGGGCCGGGGCUGGGCCGAGGCCGCUGUGCUGCGGCUCGGUACGUGUCGGUCCGCAGCGCUGCAUCGGGACCCGGCACCCCGCUCGGGGAGCGCUUCCCUGCCGCGCACACCGCACCCCCCGGUGGACGGGGCUGCCUCUUGAGAGACGGAGCGAGCUUCCCCGGGGCUCCGCUGCCGGCGGGCAGGUGAAGCUGAGACCACAGAGAGGUGCUGUGCCUGCUCCCAGACCGGUGACGGGAAGGACUGACAAACCCCAAGUGCCCACACCAGUCCCGGAGUCCAAAUUCAUCAUGGGAUUUCGGCUUGUGGAGGGAACUGGGAGAUGACAUGGGAUGGCAGAGAUGGAUCUGCAUCCGUGUUGCACAAGCAGGCUGGGAAAGGAUGUUCAGCAUUGUGUCACUUCACAUGGCAGACCCGGGUGUUCAAGAUGUCGUUGAAGGUGCAGACGAGCAACAUCACGAACAAGAAUGACCCCAAGUCCAUCAACUCCAGAGUCUUCAUUGGCAAUCUCAACACAGCUGUGGUCAAGAAGUCAGAUGUGGAGACCAUUUUCUCCAAGUACGGGCGAGUGGUGGGCUGCUCGGUUCACAAGGGCUAUGCCUUUGUACAGUACUCCAACGAGAGGCACGCACGUGCUGCUGUCCUGGGUGAGAACGGACGUGUGCUUGCUGGCCAGACACUGGAUAUCAACAUGGCCGGGGAGCCCAAACCCAACAGACCUAAAGGGCUGAAGAGAGCAGCCUCCGCACUGUACAGUGGUUACGACUUCGAUUAUGACUAUUACAGGGACGACUUCUACGACAGGCUCUUCGAGUACCGGGGCCGAGUGUCCCCGGUGCCCAGGGUGGUCCCUGUGAAGCGGCCGCGGGUCACCAUCCCGCUCGUGCGGCGCGUGAAGGCCACGCUCCCCGUCAAGCUCUUUGCCAGGUCGGCUGCCAUCGCCAACAGCUCGGCCAAGCUGAAGCUGAAGUGCAGCGAGCUGCAGACAAUCAAAACUGAGCUGACGCAGAUCAAAUCCAACAUUGACGCUCUCCUGGGCCGACUGGAGCAGAUCGCUGAAGAACAGAAGGUGUCCACAGAGGUACGGAAGAAGGUGGAGAGCAGCAAAAGUGAAGUCUCGCAGGAAGACACAGCAUCAGAGGCAGAGGCCAACACGGAGGAGCCGCUGAAUGGGGACGAGGGCGAGGAAGAAGGUCUAGCACGGGAUGAGUGUGAAGAUGACCUGGAGAACAGCCAUUACACAGAUGUGGAGGAUGCCAGACUACAGUAACCAGCCCAUUCAGAACAGCAGUGAGCAACAGUGUGAGGAAAGCACGAGGCUAAACCCUGUCCUGGCACGUUGAGCAAGACAAGCUGAAUCGAAGUGCUGCUGUCAUCUCUACCUGGCAUUCAAAAGGAGAAACAUGGCCUGACAUCUUCCAUCCAUCUGUAAAGCAAAGACAAAGAAACCCCAUCAUCCCAGUGAAUCCCCACUACCCUGUGCAAUGGAUUCAGAGCUCUGCAAAUAGGAGAGGCAGGGUCCAAACCCUGCACAAUCCAGAACCAUCACUGACCAGAUAAUGGGAGAGCAGUUGUGUCACCAAAUGAGUCAGAGAUGUUAUGUUAGUGAGUCAGCUUUUUGUAGGAGAGGAGGGAAAGCUAAGCCUAAUCCAAUAAAGACAAUUUUUCCCAUGCUAGGUGAGAGCAAGAGCAUUUGCUAACUGAGGGAGAAGUACUGUCGCAGUUUGGACAAUUUGAGUUCUCACUCUAAAGAUCAUGCUGAGGAAGAGGGUGUGGGGUGAGCUGUCCUCCCAGAGCAGUCACAUCCAGUCGUGUCUUUUACCCCAUAAGCUGCUGUGAGUACAGGGUGAACCCCAGGAGUCAGUGCUGGUGCAUGUGCUAUGUCUGUGCAUCUGCUUGAAGAGAGGGGAAGGGGAAAGGAAGCUGCCUGCAGGAAACAAGUGAUGCCAAGCAGGAGACACAAAGCGUACAUCAGCUUCAGUGAUCCAGAGAAUGGUUUGUCUCCUCAUUCUCCACUGGGAAACCACAAUGUAAAGGCUGGCAAGUUGCUGCAGAGUGAGGGGGUUCAAGUGCUAUGUGGAUGAGACCCUUUUCUUGGACCAGCUGCAAGGGGUGUAAUCCAAGCACUUUUCCAGUGCCAGAGACAUCAGCCCCUUCCCCAGGGUGCCCCAACCUCUCUUUGUCUUCACACUGACCUGGCACACUGGGAGAGCAUGCAACAGCUCCUGCUCCUGACUGCAAAGGCAUCCAGUCUCCAUCACCAGUCUCCAUCACUGGUCUGAUGAUCUGCACAGUGUGACAACUGGCCUGAGCAUAACGCAACUGGUAACGGUGAAUACCCCAAGCAUGAUGCAUGUGAGCGUGCAAGCACCUCCCCUGCCUACCCAGAUUCAAGCUGGUUUUGAUCCAUGCCAUGUCCUGCAAGUAGAGGGCUGCAGCAGCUAGCAUGCAGCUUGUCAUGGGAACCCCCUUACACCAGGUCUCUCAGCCUUUCUCUUCUUGUUUGUUCCUCCUUAUCCAGUUUUUCUGAGCUCCAGAAUAGAUGGGACUGAAACUCACACAGCACUUUACUCAGCCACUCAGAUGUGUCCUGCCCAUCUCUCCUCUUCCCCUCCAUAACACAUACAUACAGGUCAGUGCUUUGAAUCCAGACCAGUGUCCACACCUCCUCCGUGGUCAGACUCUCCCACAAAACAUGUGCCCCCCCCCGGUCUCAUAGAGUGCUCCCGUGCUCAGAGCCAAACCUCAUCUACAGCAUCCCUCUUCAAAGGGUGAAGGGGAAAACAGGUCCUGGGGGCAAAGCUUCCCUCCCCUGAGGGCCAUUGUGGAGCAAGCAUGGCUCUUGAAGCACAAUGUUUUAUUUGCAUUUCUUAGUUUCCAAGAAUUCAUGAGGGAUUUAAGGGAUAGCCGUGCUUUCCCCUACCUUUUUCCGGUUCCUGUACAAUUUAUCCACUGUGUUGUACUGAGCCGUUGUAGAGCUGUUUUCUAGGCUUUGAGAGAUGAGCUGCAGUUUUUGCUAUGAACUGACUGUGAUGCUGAUGUCUGGGAGAAAGGUGACCUUGUACAUACAAUCCUGUAUAAUAAAAGAAAGAAAUCUAA